GCAACUCCAACCCUCUGUUCCAUAUUCAGAUGUUUUAUACAGAACAUGAAGCAGAAUAAUGGUGUAAGAUUGAACAGGCUGUGUAAAAGGGGCAUGUGUAAAAUGAAGCAUCAUUAAAGGCAGGAACGCCGAGACCGGAAGCUUUCUUUUUCUCUCCUCCUGUGUAAAGUCCACAAGCGGAGGCCAUCUGAUCUGCUUUAAUAUCAACAGAUCUUCAUUUAAGGUACGUGAAUCUUUUCAUCAUGGCACAUCUUCAGCCUGUUCAGUGUGCUGAGUGCAGGAUGUUUAGUCAUUCUUCCUCCGUCACUAGCGAUAGCUCUAUUAGCUUUACUUGUGAUAAGUGCAGAUUAGUUAGCUCUCUGACGGAGAAGAUUACAGUGCUAGAAGCGCGUGUCCAGGCUUUAGAGCAGGUUAGUGAGCGUGAGAACAGUGUAGUUUCUGUUAGGGAAAGUCUGGACGCCCUAGGUGGAGUUAGCAAUCCCCCAACUCCGGCAUUAGAGCCCUUACAGCGGGGCGAAUGGGUGACGGCUCGGCGGUAUAAGUGUAGAGCCAAAGCUACCGCUGAGGCUCGCCCACGGGAGCACCACUCCUCUCCGCGUCACGUGUCGAACAGGUUUGCUCUCCUUAGUGAUGCACCCACUGAGAAACCUGAAAGAGCUCUGGUUAUAGGGGACUCUAUCAUACGGCACGUGAAAUUAGCUCAGCCUUUAGGGGCACCAGCAGCUUUAGUCAGGUGUAUACCGGGAGCCAGGGCGCCGGACAUAGCAGGUAAUCUUAGGGUCCUAGGCAAGCACAGGUUCUCAAAGAUAGUUAUCCAUGCAGGAGCUAAUGAUAUACGCCUUUGUCAGUCUGAGGUUACUAAGAGUAACUUUGUAGAGGUGUUUAAAUUAGCGAAGGCGAUGUCCGAUGCUGUAGUAUGCUCUGGCCCCAUCCCAAUGCGGCGUGGCGAUGUAGCUUACAGCAGGUUAUGGUCGCUGAACUGCUGGCUGUCCAGGUGGUGCUCUGAAAACAGUGUGGGCUUUAUAGAUAAUUGGGCUAAUUUUGAGGGCACUGCUGGCCUGUUAGGGCGGGACGGUAUCCAUCCCACUCGGGAAGGUGCUGCUCUCAUUUCCUGCAGCAUAGGUCAUAGUCUCAGAACAGGCCUAGUUAAUUUCUGACAAUCCAGAGCCAAGGCCAGGGAGCAGACGAACAGGCUAAACCGACUGUCUGCUAGCUGCACAGAGUCGUCACUCAGGGCCCACUACAUCGAGACUGUGUCUGUUCCCCGAGCUCAACAAAAAGGUAGAAAUUUUCAGAGAGUUUGUUCCAGUAACCUAAUCAAUAUAAAAUUAGAUCAGACUGACUGUACAGCUGCUGCCAGCACCUUUGAUCUAAAGGUGGGGCUAUUAAAUAUUAGAUCUCUUACAUCUAAAGCGCUAAUGGUUAAUGAACUCAUUACUGAUCAGGAGUUUAAUGUACUGUGUUUAACAGAAACAUGGAUUAAGCCAAAUGAAUAUAUAGCAUUAAAUGAAGCGAGUCCUCCUGGAUACAGUUAUAUACACCAGCCUCGUCUAACUGGCAGAGGAGGAGGCGUCGCGGUUAUUUAUAACGAUUAUCUAGGUGUAACACACAAACCUGGUUAUAAAUUUAAUACAUUCGAAGUUCUUCAUACUCAUAUAAUGUAUGUAGCCUCGAAAAAUAAGUCUACCCAGUUAAUUCCAUUGCUUAUUAUUUACAGGCCCCCGGGGCCAUAUUCUGAGUUUCUUUCUGAAUUUGCAGAUUUUAUCUCAGAUUUGGUUAUUUCCUUAGACAAAGCUUUAGUUGUCGGAGAUUUUAAUAUUCACUUCGAUAACCCAGAAGACCCUUUAAAAACAGCGUUUGUGUCCAUCUUAGAUUCAGUCGGGAUUAAGCAGAAUGUCAUAGGACCGACCCAUAAUGGUGGUCACACCCUUAAUCUAAUACUAACAUUCAGAUUAAAUGUAGACAAUAUAGUCAUACUUCCACAGUCUGAAGUUAUCUCAGAUCAUUGUCUCAUCUCAUUCAAAAUAUGUCUGAGUAAUAAUAUAUGCACCUCACCACGCUACUGUAUUAAACGUACUUUCACGUCAACUACUGCACAGAGCUUUAUAAAUGAUCUCCCAGAGCUGUCAACUUUGAUUGGGUCACUGUCAGCCCCUGCAGAACUUGAUCAGGCAACUGAAUGCUUAGAGUCAACAUUCCGCCAUACUUUAGAUAAUGUAGCUCCUCUAAAAAGGAAAAUGGUCAGAGACAAAAAAUUAGCACCCUGGUAUAAUGAUGACACUCGCACAUUAAAACAGACCACUCGAAAAUUGGAACGUAAAUGGCGUCAAACAAAAUUGGUAGUGUUCAAAUUAGCUUGGAAGGAGAGCUUCCUGAAGUAUAGAAAAGCUCUUAGUGCUGCGAGAUCAACAUAUUUCUCCUCCCUAAUAGAA